AUGGGUGCAAAACACAGAAAUUCUCCUCCUCCAACCAGCCGUAAGGAGAACGGAUCUACUGCUACGGCCAAGUUCACGGAUGGCGCGUCAGAUGAGUUCGAGUUUGGGGGUUCGCUCGGGGCUGCCUCGCUGAUGGUAGGCUUCCCGCUGCUGAUGUGGUAUAUGUGGAUAGGCGCAACAUACUACGAUGGCGGCCUCCCUCUGCCUGCUGCCGACCAGACCUGGGCUGAGUUUGGCCGCCAUCUAUCCCAUCUGGUGUACGAGGGAGCCUAUCCAACCGCCAGAGCAUGGGCUAUCUACUGGGUAUUCUUCAUCGCGGAGGCGCUCAUGUACUGCUACAUGCCUGGUGCCUCCAGCCACGGCCGGCCCCUGAGACACGAAGGAGGCAAGCGGCUUCCCUACUACUGUUCUGCAUACUGCAGCUUCUACGCGACGCUCGCCGUUGCGGCCAUCCUGCACGUCACCGGCUUGUUCCCCCUAUACACGUUGAUUGACGAGUUUGGAUCAAUUAUGACUGUCGCUAUUCUGUCGGGCUUCCUCAAUAGCUUGAUUGUCUAUAUCCAAGCUAUCGUACGUGGACGAACACAUCGGCUUACAGGUUACCCCAUAUACGACUUUUUCAUGGGUGCCGAACUGAACCCCCGCAUCGGAAUCCUGGACUUCAAGAUGUUCUACGAAGUGAGGAUCCCAUGGUUCAUCCUGUUCCUCAUCACUUGCUCCGUGGCUGCCCGCCAGUUCGAAACGUAUGGCUACGUCUCGCCGGAGGUGGUCUUCCUAGCCGUGGCGCACUUCUUAUAUACCAAUGCCUGUGCCAAAGCUGAGCAGAUGAUCAUUACGAGCUGGGACAUGUACUUUGAAAAAUUGGGUUUCAUGCUCACCUUCUGGAAUAUGGCCGGUGUGCCCUUUACUUAUUGCCAUUGUGCUCUAUACCUAGCGAAUCAUGACCCGUCCGAGUACCGUUGGAAUCCCUUCUCCCUGGCAGUGCUUGCUGUUAUUUACCUUUUCAUGUAUUGGAUGUGGGACAGCGCCAACGGCCAGAAGAACGCAUUCCGCCACAAGGAGAAGGGUCAGCUCAUAAAGCGUAACACUUUUCCCCAAGUGCCUUGGCAGGCGAUUGAGAACCCAAAGACUAUCAAGACGGAUGCAGGUGAUCAUCUGUUGGUCGAUGGCUGGUUUGCGAUCAUCCGAAAGCCCAACUAUGUCCCUGACAUGUUCUUCUCGAUGACCUGGGGUCUACUCACUGGUUUCAAGAGCCCCUUCCCCUGGUUUUACUUUGUGUUCUUUAUGGUCAUGAUCAUUCACCGUACAAGUAGAGAUAUUACCAGAUGCCGGAGAAAGUACGGUGAAGCUUGGAAGCGCUACGAGGAAGCUGUACCAUAUAUCUUCAUCCCAUAUGUCAUCUAA